GCUUGAAUUCUGGUGUGAACCAUCUUGCUGUUUAGUUGCAUGUUGUAUCUUUGACGAUGACGAAAGGCCUCUGCUGCUUGCGUGAUUUGUAGCGUACGUGACGCAGCACCACCUCUCUCCUCUCUCCUCCCUUUGUGCAGCUGACAAGCCCCUUCUCGACCAGGACAGGAACACACAGAGAGAUAAUGGCUGUACCUCCCACCUACGUUGACCUUGGAAAGUCUGCCAGGGACGUUUUCACCAAGGGAUACGGCUUUGGGGUCAUCAAGUUGGACUUGAAAACAAAGUCUGAGAAUGGACUGGAGUUCACCAGCACAGGCUCUGCCAACACUGAGACCAGCAAGGUGGCUGGAUCCCUGGAGACCAAGUACAAGUGGGCGGAGCACGGUCUGACCUUCACAGAGAAGUGGAACACCGACAACACCCUGGGGACCGAGAUCACCAUCGAAGACCAGUUGGCCAAGGGUUUGAAGCUGACCUUUGAUUCCUCCUUCUCGCCAAACACUGGCAAGAAGAGUGGCAAGGUGACGACGGGCUACAAGUGCGACCACGUCAACCUCGGCUGCGACGUCAACUAUGACAUCAACGGGACAGCGGUCCACGGUGCAGCGGUGGUGGGGUAUGAAGGAUGGCUGGCCGGAUACCAGAUGACCUUUGAGGCCGGCAGGAACAAGAUCACCCAGAGCAACUUCGCUGUCGGAUUCAAGACGGACGAGUUCCAGCUGCACACGAAUGUAAAUGAUGGAACUGAGUUUGGUGGUUCCAUCUACCAGAAGGUGAAUGACCAGCUGGAGACAGCCGUCAACCUGGCCUGGACCGCCGGAAACAGCAACACCCGCUUUGGCAUCGCUGCCAAGUAUCAGAUCGACUCUGAUGCAUCCUUCUCUGCUAAGGUGAACAACUCCAGCCUUGUGGGCCUGGGCUACACCCAGACUCUGAAGCCAGGCAUCAAGCUAACACUCUCUGCUCUCCUUGACGGCAAGAACAUCAACGCCGGUGGACACAAGCUUGGUCUCGGCCUCGAGUUCCAGGCAUAGGAGGACGAGGCAGGCGACCUUGAAGUCCUCCCAGCACACACACGCGUUCCCCACCAAAUAAAUAAAUAUUUCCAAAUCCUGUAUUGAUUACCUAGCCUUCACAAAAACCCAUGUGUCCCCUAGACAUUUUACAGCUGGAGGCAAAAAAAAAAGCAUAAAGGUCAAAUUGUUCCUAUAACGAUCUAUCACUUUUAAAGGACCACUUAAAGGGAACAGUAUAUUUUGAAAUAAAGAGCUGAUUUCAGAACAAAACUACAACCAUUUAACAGACACUUUUAUCAUGAAUUGUGUUGUUUCCAAGGGAAAAGUAGCGUUGAGAUCAGUCAUGAGGACUUCAAUUUGUCUUUCACUACAUUCUUUCACAAUGCUUUAAGUUCUGUGUCUCUGAUUUCCAAUGCAGAUCUAAUGGAAAGGGCAGUUGAGUAGCUACCCCACCUGAUGGUGUCCUUGCAUAGCACCAUUAACACUCCUCGCUCAAAAGUUGUUGUGGUAAAAUAACUGUUAAGCUUCCACACUUCUGCACUGGAGAGCUCUGAUGUCUGUGUUGAUAUGAUAUAAUAUAAAAUGGGAUGGGUUAGUUGUCCUUGAUGUAAGCAGCUGUGAUAAGCUCUGAGAUACACUACACCCCAAUAUGGACAUUCUGUGUUUUCAUCUCACUUGUUUUUUGUGUCUGUGCAUUUGGUGUGAAACAUGUCUGUUGUUACAUAUAGUAAAGAGAAUAUUAUUUUAUUGACAGUCUUGCAUAGUUUAUGCCACCUGUGAAGUCUUAAGAAGGCAAAGACCUGUCAAUUCUUCCUGGUCAGCGAAAGGAGGGAAACCAGUUACAUUUCUCUGAGGGAGGAAUAAAAUAAUAAAUACAGUGCAGGAAGUUUUAGUCUUCCACAACUGGUUAUGGGAAUCAUGCUUAGAGAAAUUGACUGUAUUGUCAUUCCCUGAAAUAAAUAAAGAACAUCUUGAACUGGA